AUGCUCACCUUCGCCUUCAUUUCGAAGCUAUUAUUGCAGCCUGUCAUCGUCGUUGACAAGAUUCUUCCAAACACUAAUGCUUCACACGAAACCGAUCGGACUCUGAUGCGCGAGGGCAAUGGAGGUCGUUGUAACGCUAUGAAGUCCUUCAUCGUGGGGGAGGCGAACCGAAAGCAGGACCCCAUCGAUUCCCAGGAGCUCGGAAAGAGAACAUCGUCUUGCCAGGAGCCGCCUCCGGUCUAG